UCAUUUUCCCUUAUUUCUUCAAUGGCUCACUCUUUAGCCCAAGCAUCGCUCUCGUCCUCCUCGGCUUCCUACCGGAUGCUUACUUUGAUUUACUCUUUUCCAGUCAUAUCCAAAAGGAUAGAAUCUGUUAACUUUUCCUGGUGUGCAAGCAGUUCAGUUGUAUGCGCUGCAAAGGGGCCACGGCCGAGAUAUCCUCGGGUCUGGAAAACCAAAAAGAGAAUUGGGACCGUAUCCAAGGCAGCAAAGCUUGUUGAUUGUGUCAAGGGACUGUCUAAUGUCAAGGAGGAAGUGUAUGGGGCUCUUGAUUCCUUCAUUGCCUGGGAACUAGAGUUUCCUCUUAUCACUGUAAAAAAAGCCCUGCAGACCUUAGAAAACCAAAGAGAGUGGAAGAGGAUAAUUCAGUUGACGAAAUGGAUGUUAAGUAAGGGCCAAGGAAGAACAAUGGGAAGCUAUUUCACGUUAUUAAAUGCCUUAGCUGAAGAUGGAAGGCUUGAUGAAGCUGAAGAGCUUUGGAACAAAUUGUUUUCUCAGCAUCUGGAGAGCAUGCCUCGCAUAUUCUUUCAUAAAAUGAUAUCCCUCUACUACGAUCGGGCAAUGCACGACAAGUUAUUUGAGGUAUUUGCUGAUAUGGAGGAACUUGGAGUUCAACCAAAUAUGGAAAUUGUCACUAUGGUUGGAAAUGUCUUCCACGAGUUGGGUAUGCUCGAUAAAUACGAAAAGCUGAUGAAGAAAUAUCCCCCACCAAAAUGGGAAUAUCGUUACAUCAAAGGAAAGCGCGUUAGAAUACGAUCAAAGUAUCUGUACGAAAAUGGUAAUCCCAACAAUAGUUUAAGUAAGCAUGACAAAAUGGAACAUAGCUCAACAAAGCUGUUGGAGGAAGCCGAAAUAACUUCUGAGGAUACCAAUCUUGAAGAUGACGUGGAAAUGAGCGAAGAUCCGAAUGAAAUUCGGAAAGAUGAAUGUAUGUCAAAAGAAUACAAUUUUGAGCAUGAUUUCAUGGGAUUUGGGCAAUUGUAAAUAUAUACAUACAUUCCGAAUUUCCCAUUUGAAGUUCGUCGUAGUGUAGACUUUUAUUUUUAUUAUUGUUAUUUUGUAAUUUAAAUAGAUGGGAUGAAGCAUUGCGAUCA